AUGAUUCCCAUCAGACAUACCAUUCCCACCACCGAUGAUAGGCUGAAGUUGUAUUGGAAUGGAUUGACGUAUAAAACGAGUGAUAAUAAGAAACUCAUCUCAAGAAACAAAACUAAUGUCAAGACUAUUAUCAAUGACUUGAACGGAGAGAUAACGAGCGGACAGUUGACCGGAAUAUUAGGGCCGAGCGGGUCCGGCAAGACUACACUCAUUGAAUGCUUGGCCGGUAGACGAGUGGCCGGACUUAGUGGCCGGGUAUGGGUUAAGUCAUCCAACGAUAAAAAAAUAAAACUAAGGAUCGCAUACAACGGACAGACCCUACGUGACCAUUUACUCGAUUGCCACGCCCUUCGGGAGUUUAUGCGGAGGCUUGAGUUCUUUUUUCUACAAUUGUUACGUUGGUUGUCGAGGGUUUGGUUAUAUACCGGUGCUGACAAUCAAGUUAACUGUGAACUAAUGGAACCGUUAACUGACAACAAAUCUCAAUCCGAUGUCCAUAAGAUGCUUUCAGUGUUUGGGCUGUUAGGAUGUGCUCGAGUAAAAACGGGUGCUAUCAGUGGGGGUCAGAAAAAACGGCUGUCCAUAGCAUUGGAGUUGAUAUUCUCGCCGAAUAUACUACUACUGGACGAACCGACCACUGGUUUAGAUUCGGCCUCCAGUUUCCAGUGUCUUUCCCUUUUGAAGACAUUGUCGUAUAAUAAGGAACCGUUGGUUAUAGCGAUGUCUAUACAUCAACCCACUGCCCGACUACUGGCCUUUUUUGACAGUAUUUACGUGCUAUCAAUGGACGGCCGGUGUAUAUAUAGUGGACCCACCGAUCGAUUAAUCACUCAUUUGUCAGACUUUGGCUUUAAUUGUCCGGUAUUUCACAAUCCGGCAGAUUUUGUAAUGGAAAUAUCCAGUGGCGCACAUGAACCUGAUGCUAUCGAUAGAUUAGCCAUAUAUGAGAGUCAAAACCAUACAUUAGAGUCAAUAAAACUAUCAAAACCUGAUACUAUUAUCGGCGUUGGGAAAGGGAUCAAAAAUAAGCCUACAACUAAAUCCUACCGAACAGUCAAAGACCAGCUCCGGGACGCAUGGAUACUACUGAAACGGGCGCACCUGGUGUUCAUACGGAAUCCCUUCAUGAUAUGGUUGCGGUUAUUUGUAAUGGUACUGGCCCUUCCAUGUGAAUAUGCUAUAUUUUCGGGUACUCGUCGGGGACAGUUAGAUACAGCGUGUUUGAACUCGGAGUCAGUAAUGGUUAAGAUUAUGUCAAUAGUGGAUAAUAAGAGUACAACAAAUGAAACAUUUAACAAUUUAAGCGAUGUAGGCUAUAUUGUUAGUACAAUGCUGUUCAUACACUUUAAUGCUAUCGUGCCCACACUCAUGACGUUCCCCAUCGAGUUGAACACAUUUGUCAAGGAACAUUUCAACAAAUGGUACACAUGUUGGUCAUAUUUCACAGCCCGUUCCCUCGUAGACAUCCCAUUAGUUUUGGUCAUAAGUGUAAUAUACGCUACAAUCAUGUGGUGGAUGACUGAUCAGGUAUGGGACGGGUGGCGAUUCAGUGUACACCAAUUAGUCAUGAUACUCUUGGCACUGGUCUCUCACAGCCUCGGACUACUACUGUCGGCAAUAUUCAUGAAUGAUAUCCGGGCCAGUAUACUGUCCUUAACGACAAUCGUAACGGCACUCCUGUUAUUCAGUGGUUCACUCAUACCCGUCCGGAUAUUGCCAUCAUAUUUGCAGACAUUAUCCUAUUUGUCUAUUUUCAGACUAACAUACGAAUCAAUGUUAAUAAUACUGUACGGCUUUAACCGAUGUCCCACUCUUAAUGACCCCCUAACCAUGGAUUCACUGACCCAUGAGUUUGGGGUCAAUAUGUAUCACAUGGAGGAGUGUCUGGAAGGGGCGGACAAUCUGGCGAAUGUGACCCGUAAUAGCCUGUCCGGCAUCAGCCGACUGGUGGCCAAACAGAACCCCUCGCGGAUAUUGGAGUGGUUCGACCUACAGGACAGGGAUCUCUACAUCUAUAUCAGUCUAUUCAUCGCAUAUACGGUCACUCUUAGAUGGUUGGCCUACUAUGCGCUCAAAUGGAGGGCUAGAAUUCAAUAG